GGCCGGACGCCACGGCUCAUGGCCGCUGGCCGUCCUGCGGCCUCCGGCGGUGUGCGGGGCGCCUUGGGCGAGCCUCCCGGUGUGUCUGGGGCCUCCCCCGCCUCCUGGGAACACUGGCCUCCCGACACCUGCCAGGGCAGAGUGAAGGGAGCGACAUUCCUCAGAAAUGGCCUCUGUUCCUUCUCCGGGGGUUUGUUCCCAAGGCGCGUUUUGAAAUGCCCGCCCCUUUGAGGGCGUUUGACAGUGCUUGCUUCAGCCAGUGAUUUCUUGACCCUGUCCAGUAUUCUCUUUCACAGUUGCUCGGCUCCCGCUGUGGACAUGACCCCUUAGCCGGCGUUCUAUGCGUCCCCGUUGAUUGGUGCGUGAUGGAGGCGACUGGGGGGCUUCAGAUGGAUCAGCCAUUGGCCUUUAGUUCCCCGCGUGACCCGCUUCAGACUGAUGGCUCUUUGAAAAAACAUGAGCAGAAUUUUAAACUCCCAGGUGUUAAAAAAGAUAUUGAGAAGCUUUAUGAAGCUGUUCCACAACUUGGUAAUGUGUUUAAGAUUAAGGACAAAAUUGGAGAAGGCACUUUCAGCUCUGUUUAUUUGGCUACAGCACAGUUACAAGUAGGACCUGAAGAAAAAAUUGCUCUGAAACACUUAAUUCCAACAAGUCAUCCUAUAAGAAUUGCAGCUGAGCUUCAGUGUCUAACCGUGGCUGGGGGGCAAGACAAUGUCAUGGGAGUUAAGUACUGCUUUAGGAAAAAUGAUCAUGUGGUUAUUGCUAUGCCGUACCUGGAGCAUGAGUCUUUUUUGGACAUUUUGAAUUCUCUUUCCUUCCAAGAAGUGCGGGAAUAUAUGUUUAAUCUGUUCAAGGCUUUGAAACGCAUUCAUCAGUUUGGUAUUGUUCACCGUGAUGUUAAACCCAGCAAUUUUUUAUAUAAUAGACGUCUGAAAAAGUACGCUUUGGUAGAUUUUGGUUUGGCCCAAGGAACCCAUGAUACAAAAAUAGAGCUUCUCAAGUUUGUCCAGUCUGAAACGCAGCAGGAAAGUUGCACCCAGAACAAGUCUCAUGUAAUAAUGGGAAACAAGAUUUCAUUGAGUGGCCCAGCACCUAAGGAACUGGAUCAGCGGUCCCCCACAAAAACAUCUGUCAAAAGACCCUACACAAAUGCUCAAAUUCAGAGUAAACAAGGGAAAGAUGGAAAGCUUAUAAAACAGUCAAAAACUGUGGACGUACUGUCAAGAAAGUUAGCAACAAAAAAGAAGACUGUUUCCACGAAAGUUAUAAACAGUGGUGUGGUGAGGAAAACUGGCAGUUCUUGCCCAGCCUCCCUGACAUGUGACUGCUAUGCAACAGAUAAAGUGUGCAGUAUUUGCCUUUCAAGGCGUCAGCAGGUUGCACCAAGGGCAGGUACACCAGGAUUCAGAGCACCUGAGGUCUUGACCAAAUGCCCUAAUCAAACUACAGCAAUUGACAUGUGGUCUGCAGGUGUCAUAUUCCUUUCUUUGCUUAGUGGACGAUAUCCAUUUUAUAAAGCAAGUGAUGAUUUAACUGCUUUGGCUCAAAUUAUGACAAUUCGGGGAUCCAGGGAAACUAUCCAGGCUGCUAAAACGUUUGGCAAGUCAAUAUUAUGUAGCAAAGAAGUCCCAGCACAGGACUUGAGAAAACUCUGUGAGAGACUCAGAGGUGUAGAUUCUCAUACCUCCAAACCAACCAGUGCCACACAAAGCCCUACUUCUCCUGACCAGAUCUUCUCAGAGAAGACGGACCAUGUAACACCUUACCUCAUACAGACACCUCCAGCAGAGUCCUCAGGGGAUGGAUUGUGUAAAAGGGACAGAAAUGGCUGCGGAAGUCUUUUUGACGAGUGUGCAACCAAUUUAGAAGGCUGGAAUGAGGUUCCUGAUGAAGCUUAUGAUCUGCUUGAUAAACUUCUCGAUCUAAAUCCAGCUUCAAGAAUAACAGCCGAAGAAGCUUUGUUGCAUCCAUUUUUUAAAGAUAUGAGUUUGUGAUUAUGGAUCUUCAUUUAGUGUUAAUGUUGUGUAUUAGGUAAAAAUGAGUUAUUUGUAAAUAGCCCUUACGUCCUUGUUUACAGUCCAACACAGGACAAGUAAUUUAUUUUAAAAACUUAGUAUUUACUGUCAUGGCAGAUAUAUGAAAUACAGGUUAGAGUUACUUAAAAUGCCUGGGAUAAUUUUUAAACCAACAAAAUAAUCUUCAAGUUCAAUGCACUCAAGUAGAGUCGGAUCUUUAGUGUAUCUGUUUACUUUUCACUGCCAUUUGCAGGCACAGGAACAGUUUUAGCAUAGUACAUGAGCGUGCAAGACAAAGUUGUUAAGCAUAAUAGCAAUUAAUUGAGUUGGAACACAUAGUUUGCUGAGUUCUUACAUGAGCCAUGUAUACUUCGAAAAAAUUAACUUGGUACUGGUGCUCUUAAAAUUUUAUAGUGAAGAUAAUUCCGUUUUGUACAAGCAUAUUAUACCUUUUAAAGAACACUGAGAUGUUGGCCAUGGGGCAGAGUAUCAUUUAAAUUGAAUUUACUCAUUUUUUGAAAGUCAUAGAAACGUUUUUGUCUUAAUUGUGAUGUUUUCUUAAUUUUUCUUCUGACACUUUUUGCUUGAAAAUUAUAUGGUGCUUACUACUUUAUUAGAUGCUACAUGCAUUUAUAGCCAGGAAUUGAUAGCAAUGCGUGUAUGCUGGAUAAGGAAAAACUGUAGGACAAAGAUGAAGAUUGAAAGUCCAGAAUACUUUGUUUUCCUUUUUUCUUUUGUGCAUGUUUUUCACAUGAUCUUAAAAAUAAUUAGGUAGCCCCAGCCCCCCCUCCCCCAAAGGAAAAAAAGAGAGAGAGAGAGAGAGCAAACACAUGGGUUUAUUGGAGAUGUCUGGAGAGCUGUCUGUAUUCCUGACAAAUGGUGUUGACUAAUUCGGUGCUGCUCGGAGAGUGGUUACCACAGCCUUAGUGUUAGAGGAAGAGGGAGAAUGAAGUAAACAAAGUGGAAAAGGGUCUAAGGCUAGGCAGUUAUGUGUUACUCGCAUUGCAAACUGACAGCAUGUCACACAUCAUCUGAAGUCAGGACAGGGAGUGGAUCUGCUGACCAGUUUCCCCUUUCAUAGUCUUAGAAUAUGGAAACAGCUUAGAGACAGAUACAUUUUGUUUGAGCAUUGUUAAGCCAGUGUAUUUACCUGGUCUACUUGGAAAUUAUAGUGUUUAUAUAAGCCAUUACUAUGAAUCUGCUCUCUUAAAUUAUUUAAAAACUUGAAUGUUCUUGAAUUUGCAUGUUCAAUAAAGUUAUCCUUUUAUAUUUUUA